CCGAUCCGUUCCAACUGCGAAGUUCCUCUCGACUCAAUUAUAAAUCGUGAAAAAUGCUCGAAAUCAGUGAAAUCUCUUUCUUUUACGUACACCAAUCAAAAGUUUGAUAAGUGAAGUGUGAGCUCUGAUUUAAAAACUUUAGAAUUUAUUGAUGGUUAAGAUGUUGAGCUGUGAAAACUAAUUGCGCUUUGUUGCAAAGCUUUUUAAAACGACAGUGAGCACCGACUACUUGGAUUUAAAUUUUUUUAAGGUUUGUUCGUGUUUGAGAACUUCUUCAAUCAUGGCUCCAAAGAAAAAAGGAGCAGCUUCCAAAAAGCGGGCAGUGACCGUACGGAAAGGAAAAACAAGCGUUGAACAAUUGAAGGAAACUCCCACGGUAGAACCGGUCCCGGUGCAAGCGGAGAACGAUUCAGUUAUAAUGGUUCUUUCCAGUGUGGAGAAUACACUGAUUAACGAAGCUGAUCCGUCGGUGAUGUAUCUAUCAACCUUGGAAGUGAACGGACGAGCCACCCGAUUGACUAACGUCGAUAUGCUGCUGGAAGAUUCUGAUAUGAUCCUCCGUCGUAGUUCGAGAUCAUUUGCAGGUGAGCAAACCAACAUGAGUCUGAUUAAUAUCGAUCAGACGCCAGUUAUACAUCGUGAUCGGCCAAAGUCAUCGACCAUUAGACAGACGAUGCUCCCAGCACCUGUGGAUCGUUUAUCGAUUCCUAUCCCGGUUCCGACAGAAGAAAUACCCUUCAGAAAACCAUCAGAACGGAAACGGAGCAGCAAUCGGCUCGUAUUUUCCGGUGAAUUUUGCACCAUCACAAAAAGGCAGCAAAAAAGCCGCAUAAGACCUGCGCUGGUAGAGAAUCGAGCGAAUAUAUCAAUGGUUAUGGAAGAACUUCCAGGCGAGCAAACUAAUAUCGAAGAAAAUUCUGCUAUUGCGGCAUUUCCUAACGCAAAAGAAUCCAUGAAAGAAAAAAGUCCAGUUGUAGAAAAAGAGGACAAUCAUUUACCUGAAAAUAAAAAACUGAAAUCUGCUGAAAUACACAGUAAAUUGAAGAUAAAUAAACGCGCUACCAACAGGAAAAAUCAGGCGGCAACCGAUGAUAAUGAUCUUCUACUUUCCAAGGAGAAUCUUUCUUCAACGGAGAGUGAAACUAAAAAAACUGGCGCAAACAAACAGAUGAAAUCGAAACUAGUUGAAGAUAAUUCACCUGAAGAGUUAGUUCUUUCAACGCGACCGGUCAGAAAUAAAAGCCGGAAUCGUCGGUUUUUCACUGAUGAAUUUGAAACCGAACCAUACGGACUAUCGAAAAAUAAAUCAGUAAAACAACUCAAAGAACCAAGGGUUCAAGAUAAAAGUAAAAAUCCAAUUCAGAAACCGAAUGCUGAGGAAAUUGUAACACCAGUUGCUGUUUCAGAUAAAAACGAAGAUGAAAAAACAACUUUGCAACCGUCUGUUUCGCGCAGUCGAUCAAAAACGAAAACGUCUGCUAUCGAAAGUUUCGAGGAGCUGCCCCCAUCGAAACGUAUGCGAACUAGAUCAGCUUCGAGAGGAAGACAGCCAGCACUUCGAGUUCAAAAUGCCAACAAGGUAGCAUCUAAUUCGGACAAUUUGAGUAGUGAACCAGUUUCAACAUCCACCCGAGGACUAAAUCGAAAAUCUUUGCAAAAUUUAGUCUCUGAAAAUGAUCUUCAUUCCAAAGUAUCAGUUCGGCGGAGAAGAUCAAAGAAAAAUGACGAUCAAGCUAUGUGCACUUCAUCCAUUUCGUCUUCGGAUGAUUGCAAUGACAAGGAAAAUUCUCAGCAUUCAAAUGUCGCACAGAGAAAACGUUCGAAACCAACUCCAGUCCAAUGCAAUCAGGAAAUUAUUACCGCGGAGCCCGUUGCAGUACGUAAUUCUCUUCCCGAAGAAUCUGCGUUCGUUGCUAGAAGAAAGCGCCCUCGCGAAAAUACCGACAAGCUUAUCGAAGAAUCUGCACAAUCGACCGUCACAAAUCGUCGCCAAAGUCGUAGCAAAACCGUGCAAAAACCGAAUAUUGAGGACACUGCACACUCGACUGUAACGGUUCGCAGUCGAAGCAAAUCAGUUCGAAGGACGCAAGAUGCUCCGAAAAUCUACCGAACUCGGAGCAAAUCCGCAUCGCGUCCGGUACCAUUGGAAAAUUCAACAGUAAAACCCUCCGCUAAACGUAGCAUUGUCAAUGAACCGAUGGGGGGAAAUCAAACAGAAUCUCCACCAAAAGUAACACGUCGCUACCGAGAUCGAAUUCGUAUCGUAGAUUUCGACAAACCUUCCAAACCAAGUGCACACCGUACUCGAAGCCAAUCUGUGAGCCGCGCAACUGCUGUCGUUGAAGAUGUCCCCGUCACAACUAAAAUGACGCGUAGCGCUUCGGUUCCGCGACAGCUCAACGAAAGUGGCUCUCACAUUCCCAUCUAUCGACAGUUAACCACAGGUACAAAUUCCAACAACAAUCAGAGUAAACGGAAGCGAACUACCAGCUUAUCCACGAAUCUAAUACUUUCGCCUGAACCCGUUAUUGGUGGGGACAUUUACGCUUUCGAUUCCCCCAGUCAGUUCACUGGUGAUAAUAAACUGACCUCCAAAAAACAAAAGUCUAAACCAACUCAGGAACGAAGUAAGAAUAACUCGAGUAAUGCUAGUAGCAGCAAACGAAAAACACCUUCCAAACGGCCACAACACUGUUUGUUCGGUACCAAUAUGAAACAAAUUUCCAGUGUAGUCAAAAAAAUCGGUGGUGGUCCUGUACGGCGGAAAUCCGAAGCCAGCGAGAAAAUGGAAGCUCUUCCGCAAACGGCGACUUUGGCUGCUUUAGUGCAAACUUCGAAACCGAUUACUUCCGGGCAACAUCCACCAAAUCAGCGGAGUGUUGCGAGACCUGAAAACCAACUGCCUCCAGAAGAUGAUCACGAUUACGAUGAUCAUUUUGAUGCUGCUAGCAUUCCACCUAUGGAAGUUCCGGUUCCCCUUUCUCCACCAUCGGUUGCUCACCCUAGUGAACAUCUUCCACCAGUUAUCAAUCGUGCAAUCCUGCCAAGACUCGGUGGGCCACAACAAAUGGGAACACCCGAUCGCAAUACGCUCAACUUUUCUCCGAUUGGAGCAUCCUCUCCGUGGCGAAUUCAGGACGAAAACGUGCUCCCGAAAACGUUCUAUUAUGCCCGGUCCAAAGAUCUGCUUCCCUCCUACGAGAGUGAUGUUGUGAUUCAGGACGUAGCACCUCGUCCCAAAACACCCACCCAACAGCGAUUUGUGCAACCGGCAGCCCCUCAGGCCGCCAGUAAGAACCCGGAUCUGUUGUUCCAAAGCAUCCAAAAAUCCUACGAACAACUGAAGUUGACCAGUGAAAUGAGCGAAAAGCUCAUUACAGCAAUGCGCAACUACAAAACAUCGAUGCACAAUCAAACGGCAAAUUUGCGAAACGAAACUAAUCGAUCACAGUCGGAAGAGGAGCUCCUUUUUGCCAAAUUCCGGGAGUACGAGGAAAACAUGAAAAAGACUUACCAAAAGUUGCGCCAGUGGUACGAACGUUCGUACAAAACGUUGGCUAGCUCUAUGAAAACCAUUGAAAAGGCUUCUGGAGUUGUAAAAACCCAGGCCCAAAAACAGGUGCUGGUUAACUUUCAUCGGGAUUCGCAACGCUUCGUCACCAUGAUCAGCGAACUGGAAUCGGCAAUGAACGAUUCCAACAUUGAAAAUGUGUCACCUGUAAAAUCCUCCAACAAAGCACCAUUCAAAGAAAUUAUUCUCUCGGAGCGGAAUCUCGGAAAUCCUAAACGAAGUCCUUUGAAAACACUGGAUAUCGUGAACAUUUCACCGAGACUGUCACCUAUAAAAUCACCGCUCGUGAAAGCAUCCUUUCCGGCGGCUCAAUCUGAUUCACUGGCUAGAAGUAGAGACCGUUUUUCGCGGCUUAGCCUAGUGAGACCUCCUUCGAUAGCUCCACCGAGUUUGGAGCCAAGUUUAAUUGAAAUACCUCCGCAAAACCAGAAAAAGGACAACCUUUUCGGCUUCGAUUGUGAAGAUUCCCCUGAAGAAGAGCAGCAACCUCUCGUUGAACCAACACCGAUAAAAAUUACGAAAGAAACUCUCAAAGAACGGUUGCAAAGUGUCCGCAAGUUGCUUCCACAAAGGCCGCCAACCACCAGUGCCCAAAAAACUACACUCCCACUGCCGAGACAGCAAAGGCUUCCCAAUGUGUUCAGCAGCCCGGCUACGGCGCAGCACAAACGGCUACAAUCGAUCCAGACCGCCUUCACAUCGACACCGUUGGCCGAGAAACGUAGCAGUGCGUCACUCCCGCUAGAAGCGGCAAAUGUUUCGGCCAUCGAAGAACCAUUGCCAUCGACCAGUAGGAACCAAGAAGCGGCACCGCAGCAGCAUCGAGUCUCGUUGGGAUUGUUCCGGGAUAACCAGGAACCGGAAACCUCCUUUACCAGUGCUGCUAAUCGAACGUAUACCCGGGUGCCAAAGCGUAAUCCCAAACGGAAGCGAAACAUUUACCUAGCCGGACUGGGUCUAAGCGAUGAUGAUGAGGACGAAGACGAAGAGGAGAACAACAACGCAGGAGAUGCGAUCGAUGUGGAUGAGCUGGAGGAGGUGCAAGUCAAAAAGCGGCGUGUGGCAACGCACAAGAAAAAGAAACCCGUUGAAGAGACGAACGAGUUCAGGAAGUUCGUAACCGACUUCAACAGCAUGUGCGAGGAGGUGAACCGAUACCAGUUAGUGAUUGAAAAACCGAGAUCAACCGAGGUCAUCUAGGAUCACCAAUCAGCCAAGCAACAAACCGGAAGAAGAUGCGGUCCAUGGUCCCGCAAUUCAUCCUGAAUGCAUUUAUAGUACUAUAGCCAUGACUUUAUUUUUUAAGCGUAAACUUCCUACCUUUUUUCUAAAACAUUCGACAAGUUAGAGAUAUGUUUUGAGAGCAUUUUCUUUUUUAAUAAGUAUUUAGGAGCACAGACAAGUCUCGACAAGCACAUGAGAAAUCAGGAUUCGAAUCGUAGUUUUUAAAUUGGUUGCAUUUUUAUUCUGAAGUAAGUUUUAUUUUAUCCAAUUUUUACUCAAUUUCUUCGCGAGAAAUGUAUCUAUAAUUUUCUAAGACAAGCAUGAUUUCAGUUGUACGGAUUUCGUUAAUAAAGUCAUUUUUCUGUACCUUUAAAAAAGAGGACAAAAUUUCACUGAAACAUCCGAACUUAUCAUUAAAUGUAAAAAAAAGUAUGUUCACGUGAACAAUGAUCAUUUUAGAGUUCAAUGCGCUCGAAGAAUAAGAGUUUUUGUUAAAAUGCGGCCUAAUGCGCUCGGAAGUUUUUACAAAUAUUCAAUCAUGAAAAUAAACAGAGUACAAUUGAUUUUGUAGGUGCCUAGCAGUGUUUCGCUAAAAAACUGACCAACUUGAGACGUCGUUUAAUACCUAGCAAAAAAAACUUUAAAUUCUGCAAAAAUGCAGAUUAUCUGAGAAAGAGCGCGAGUAGGUAGAUACUCACUACUUAAUUUAUGUCUUGAAAAUUAAAAAAAUAGGUGGUCAUUUUCUAAGGAUUUCGGAUAUUAUUUUCAAAAAAUAAACCGGGAUUUGAAUUUAUACUCUCUAGAGGGUUCUAGCUUUUUAUAUAUAUACCUAUAUAUGUACUUUUUCCAACUUGUCGAGGAGUCAAUUUGCUCAGUUGAAUCAAGUUCAUCGCCAAUGCGACUGUAUUAUGAUGAGUGUUUAUUCUCUUUGUUCAUUUUUGAGGAAUCACAAAAAAUUUGUACAUAAGUAAUAAAAAUUCGAAUAUAGUAAACAAUAGCAAAAAUAAAUACACACUU